CUUAUCUCCCCUGCAGAAGGCGUCAAUAACUGUCUCCUUUCAACAAAUUCUCCCACCUGAGCUGCGGAUCUCUGCAGCUCCCCCCAAUGAGUUAAAACAACUAUUUAAUAAAUGCCCAAACUUGCUGGCCUGUCAGUAGAACAGCAUUUAAGGCUGCAGCAUCAUCAUGCAGACUUAAUAGCAGUCUAUGCUUGUUGAGGCCAUAACAUGACCAAAGCACAACAGUUCCGCGUAAAAUAAUGUUUUAAUUGUUCCAGGGUAAUUAAAUGAUCUGAUAGACUGACUUGUAGCUCUUCGUUGGCUGCUUGAUGAAUAGUGCUCAAUAAAUACUCAAAAAUAUAUUCAUCUGCGUGAAAUCAAUUACUGAUAUAAACUGAUUUGACAUUUGAUUUUUCUAAUCCGUUUAGGUGAGCCAGCAUAACAGAAGCAGAGAGCCGUUUUAUGCCGAGCGAGCGUGCGAGAGCUCAAAUUUACGACGGCUUUGAAGGCAGCGUGCGCGCUUCCUUUUUCGGUCGAAGAAGCGCACUUCUGGCAGAAAGAAAAGAAAAAAAAGUUUAAUGCGCAUUUCUUAGGUUAACAAUUAUCUUCGCUUUUUAAUACUAUGUCGCUGGGCUUUGAAAGGUGGCAACAAGGCAGACAGGCAGGCUGGGCUCCGUUUUGACGACGCUCAAAAAAAAAAAAAAAAAAAAAAAAAAAAAAAACUCCGCGGGGAAGUUCCCCAGGAAAUCCCCGUCCGGGGAUAUUAUUCUCGAGGCUGAUGCGCCAAAUCUCCGGUAGAAUUUACCUCCUCGGCGCACUUCUGAGAGACACGGGGUGAGGAGGCAGAGGCGUCAAAUGCUGGAGGAUUAUUAUUAAAAAGAGGCGAUCGGUGUGUUGAAUCUGCUAAAAGUCCGCCAUGGAUAGCGCCAGCAUGAGCUCGGAGGGCGACGCGCUGCUGAGGGAGAGGACGCGCAGCUACGGCGUGCUGAACACCCUGUAUCAUGAGACCAGGGGGGAGAUGGAGCUCCUGGGCAGGCAGAUCUGCCUGAAGGACAACAUUAUCGCCGACCUUAAGGCCAGGCUGGCCAGACAUGAACGGAUCUACAUGACGAUGGGGGACGACGAGCCUGUGGUCGUCGGUCCGUCCAACUCGUUGGUGGAGAGCCUGCUGGCAGAGAUCUGCAAGCUGAAGCAGAAGAGAAACGACACGGAGCUCAAGGCAGCCCGACAAGCAGAGGAGAUCCAGAGGCUUAAUUCACAAGUUAGGGACAAAGACACAGAGCUGGAGAGGAUCCGGUGUCAGCCGGACCACGAGAAGGACCAGGAGAUCCAGAGGCUGCGGGCGGCCCUGGAGGAGAGGGAGCGGACCGAGGCCACCCGCACCGUCCUCUGCUCGUCGCUGGCCGAGGAGGCCGACCAUCUGCGCGGCCAGCUCGGAGCGACCGUCAAGGUGUGCCAGGACCUCCUGUCCAGGCUGGAGAAGGAGCGGAAGGGGACAGGAGGAGAAGUGGAGGAGCUGACCCAGCAGCAGAACGCCAAGGAGACACCAGACGUCUCGGACUUGAAUGCUGCUAAAUCCCUAGUCCGCCAGCUCCAGGAAGAAAACCAGCAACUGAAGCAGCGCGUAGCUUAUGUGCAGGAUCUAAACUCCCAGUGGCAGAAGUACGACUCGAGCAGGGAGGAAUACAUCCGGGCCUUGUGCCAGAGACUGAAGGAGAGCUCUGGGCAGGGCCUCAUGCCGGGGAUGGGCUCCAUCAGGACAGGGAUCCUCCAUCAGGAGAUUUCCAGGCUCAACUCCUUGCUGGAAGAGAAAAUCAGGGAGUGCGCAAGGUUAGACAGAGAAGUGGAGGACGCGAGGAGGCAAGGGCAUGAGCGAAUCCAGACACUGGAGCAGCAGGUCCUCAUCUACACAGAAGACUUCAAGUCGGAGCGUGCCGACAGAGAGCGGGCUCAGGGUCAGAUUGCGGACCUGAAAGAGCAGAUUUCUCAGUUAAAGCAGCAGCUGCACAAACAGGUAGUCAGCAGGGAGAGCAGAGACGUGGUCCCCUUGUGUCGUGUCCACAUAGGACACAGGAUCUCCCCCAGGCGAAAUAAGGACUCUUCGGAGCCUCUGUUGAGGACCGCUCCCGAAAGGCAGCCGCCGGCCCCGCCUCCGUCGCCACCGGCCGCGGUCGCCGCAGCAACAAACUGGAGCGAAGGCCCGGGUCCAUCGGAGCUGCAGUGUCCGCAGUGCCACGCCAGGUUCAACGACACGGAGGCCGCAGAGUGCAUGAAGCAUUUUGACGAGUGCGCCCGGCUAUAACAGCGGCUGUACACUGAACACUGCAGACCAGCACUACAACUCAGCAAAAUCUCCAGGUUGAACAUUCAAGGUCCUGACUACAAACGAAACAACUGACUGAAGAUGCUUUUCACACAAUGACGCAAAACCCAAAGUUCCCCUGUUGAAAGCCUGUCUGAGUCUGCACGAAAAACCCAUCUUGAGAGCUCUCCUGUGGUGGGAGAGAGGAUGCCAAUGCAAAAUAUAUAUAUAUAUAUAUAUAUAUAUAUAUAUAUAUAUAUAUAUAUAU